GAGCACGGUCACAGUGCAAGUACAUUUUACUCCUAUGGCCUGUGAAUAGGCCAGGUACUCGCAUGGGUCCUAGUACCCCUAGUUGAGAACCACUAGCACUGCUUAGAGGGCGUAAGCUUUUGACACAGCCAUGUCUCAUUUCCACACUUUCGAGUUUGAACGAAAGGGGUGGCGGCAAAUAAUAACAACAAAGCGGGUAUGCAACGGACACUCUAUAGUGAAACUUACAACUGACCGCCGUGGAGUGAACCUAACAUACCAAGAAAAUGUAGCAACUUAUCUACGCGAGACAGUUGACAUUACAAAAAUUAACCUACGGAUAUCAAGCAAGUUUUAUAUCUGCUACUGUACUGUAGCUAACUACCAACUGUAAAGUCACGUUGUAGUUAUACAAAUGUCAAUAUGGCAUCGAAGUCCGACCAACUUCUUAUUGUGGUGUCCAUCCUAGAAGGUCGUCAAUUCCCAAAAAGCCAGCGCCACAACCUUGUAGUACAGGCAAAGUUUGAUGGGGAACAGCUGGCUACAGACCCUGUUAUUCACACGGAGCAGCCUCAAUUCUGCACAGAGUUGGCCUGGGAACUUGAUCGCAGGACCCUUCACCAGCACAGACUCCAGCGCACGCCCAUUAAACUACAGUGCUAUGCUGUUGACACUACUACGUCUGCAAAAGAGUGUGUUGGAUAUAUUAUUCUAGAUUUAAGAUCUGUCCAAGAAAUCAAACAGGCUCCUAAAUGGUUUCCCUUACUAAGCAGCAAGUACACCAAGUUGAAGCCAGCCCUUCUGCUCACCAUGGCACUGGAGAAUGACACAAAGCAAACAGAGCUCACACCAGAACAUUUUAAGGCCAAAAAAGCCCCACCAAGACAUGGUUCUCCUGUGUUGAGUAGCCUUUUGCCAGAGAAACUAGUGGCGGUUCUAAAAGAGGAUGAAGGAUACCACCAGAUUGGACUUCAGGAUCAUUGCACCGAUUUCUUUGUUUUGUCUGUUACUGUGGCCUUUGCUACCAAGCUAGAACAAUUGAUUCCCAGCACAAUGAAUUUGGCCAGGGAAGGCUCAGAUUUUUUUUUUUAUUAUGCUCUCCUGGGUAAUGACAUCACCAGCGAACCUUUCCAAAACCUGAUGAGUCCCAGCUUUGAGCCGGAGAGGGCCUCGGUCCGAAUCCGCAGUAGUGAUCCGGUUCUACGGGCCUUUCUCAGCCAACAGCCCAGUCUUCAGGUCCACCUCUGUUGUGGGAAUCAUUCUCUGGGCAGCACAGAGGUCUCCCUGGCUGGCCUGGCCAAAAGCAGUGUGGAUCUGCAGAAGCAGGUGGCCACAGUGGAAGGGGCCUUCAUCCUCCAGCCCCCGAACCGAGCCAAGCAGAGCCUGCCUGUCCUCCCCCUGGAGCUCCAACCCACUGUGGGGGUGUCCGUCAUUCUCAGGAGGGAGGCUGUCACCGCUGAGGUAGGAGGAGAUCAACUAAAGACCGAGAUGUUAGCGCAUGCCCCACCUCCUCUAUCUCCUCCUGCUGAAAAGAGCCACCACACCCCCCCACCUGAAAGAAAGCCCCAUAUUCAGGCCCCCGCAUCCAUUGUCGAGUCCCUUCCCAACCCCUGCACAGAGAGUGAGGCUGACAGCCUGCAGGAAGAAGCUGCUCCACUGGCUCAGCCUGACCCAACUGGUACUGGUCUGGUCCUUGCGCCUGUUCCGGUGGAGGAUGAAUCUGAGAGGGGCAUUUCCUCAGUCAGCGUGUCUGCACCAAAGAUAGCCAUCCCCUCCUCGUCACAUCACUACUGUUUUUCCAUGGACCUUCGUAGCAUUCGCCACCUAAACCUGGGUUUUACCGUAAGCUGCAUGCUCAGGUAUGCCUACCAGUUUUUUGGAAGUGCCGCCCCCAUCAUGACCAACCCCCCGGUGGACGUGAAGAGGAACAUGGAGGUGUUCCUGCCCCAGUCAUACUGCGCCUUUGACUUUGCCACAUUGCCUCACCAACUCCAGGAUACCUUCUUCAGGGUGCCCCUAGUGGUUGAGGUCUGGCACAAAGACCCCAGCACGAGAGACAUUUUUCUGGGCACAGCCAGCAUACAGCUGUCCAACCUCCUGACUGCAGAGAAGAGCCGCUUCCUAGGACCUGAAGGCGAGCAGCACUGGAGGCAGACCUUCUCAGAGAGGAUCCCAGUCCUAAAGGCUCAUGGGACUAAUGAAAAGGUGGCAGAGCUUUCUUACGUCACAACCCUGGAGGACCUUGGUUUAGUGAAGGUGCAAGAAAUUGUCGUGUCUGAGUCCUCCAAGAACGGAAUCCCUGUGGCGCCCCCUCCGCAGCCAGCUCCUUUCAACAGUGCAGGCGGAGCCCCACCUGAGCCCCGUGAGACACUGGAGUACAGGGCCGCCCUGGAGCUGGAAAUGUGGAAGGAGAUGCAGGAAGAUCUCUUUGAUGACCAGCUGAAGAAGAAAGAGUUGGACCACAUGCAGGCGCUGGCUGAAGAAUGGAAAAAGAGGGAUCGGGAACGCGAAGCUCUGGUUAAGAAGAAGGAAGUUGAGUACAGCGUCUUGGAGCAACAGCUUCAGAAGACUUUGGCUGACCUGGAGAAGCGAGAGAGGCAGCUAGCCCAUGCAGAGAUGGAGAUGCAGCGCUUGCAGAGGGAGUUGCGUGCCGAGCACGAGUUCAGCAUGCGCGAACUCCAAGAGAGCAGCCGGCGGCUCCGUGAGGACUGCGCUCACCAGGUGGAGCUGGAGAGGUCAAGGGUCAGGCAGCUGGAGGAGGAACGCGGCAGGCAGCAACAGCAGAUACUGGAUGCAGAAGGCAAAUACAAGGUGCUGGAGAAAGAGUAUCAGCAGUUUCGGGAGCAGCAGAGCAUUCGCCCUGAGAUUAGAUUACAGUCUGAGAUUAACCUACUCAGUUUGGAGAAGGUGGAACUUGAAAGGAAACUGGAAUCCACAACCAAGUCAAAGCUUCAUUACAAGCAGCAGUGGGGACGCGCCUUAAAAGAACUGGCCAGGUUCAAGCAGAGAGAGCAGGAGAGCGCCAUGACACGGCUGAAGAAGCAGCAGCAAGAGCUGGAGAGCAUGAGACUGCGCUACCUGGCAGCCGAGGAGAAGGAAGCUGUCAAAAGCGAGAAACACGAGCUGGAGGACCUCAGGAAUGAGCUGAACAGGUUAAAACAACAGGAAGACAAGAGGCCGUGGGCCGGCGACUCGAGCGGCCCCGCCGUGUCCCCCAAUGAGAGCGCCGACGACCACCUCAGCCGGCUGCUGGAGGAGAGGGACACCUUGUUGCGCACAGGCGUGUACACGCACGAAGACCGCAUCAUCAGCGAGCUCAAUAGGCAAAUCCAAGACGCCAUGGCGCACAGAGUAGCUCGCUGACCACCGAUCUGGUUCCUCAGGAGCUAAAAGAUAUGAAUGGGACUAUCAAACCGAUUCAUACCCCUGGAAAUGUGGUAAAGUAGGAAACCUGGACAAAUGAGUGUGCUCUCUUUCAAGAGAUUUGUUUUAUGUUUGCUGUUUCGGGGGUCCUCGUACAUUUUCUUUAGAAGGAUUUGGCCGUUUUUUUGUUGCAUUUAUGUAAUAAUUGUGUAAUUUGGCUGUAUCACUGUUUUAUACUGAGAUAAUAUUUUAUAGAUUGUGAAAAAGGGAAUGGCCCCAAAUGUAUUUUAUUUUACCAAGUGUUACAUUCCAAAUGUGUUGAAUGAAUGCAAUGGAAGAGUGGCUGAAGUGUAGCAUGUGACGGCACAGCAUUUAGUUUUUAAAGCAUUUAUACAGAAUGAGUCUUUAGUAGACACUAGAUGGUGCUGUGACAUCAGCAAAUGUAUAUUUACCAGCUUUUAAAAAAACUUAGAUACAGAAUUCGUGUGUUAAUGUAUUCGUUUUUUUCAUGACUUACAAGAAUGGGCUGUUCUUGAAUGUAUACUGAUUUAGUGUGUAUUGAAUAAAUUAUUUGUAUUUAUCUACGGCUUCACAGUCCGAUGUUGGGGCGCCCAGGUUGGUUUAGUUGCAUGCACUGUUAAUAAAUCAACCCUAUUGAUUUGAA